UAUAUAUUAUCAAUUAUAUAUUAUCAAAAUUCUCCAUUAAGUUUAAAUAUUCAAGCAUAUUAUCUUUAAUUUGUACGUGAUUAGUUCUCGAUUCUAGUUCUCUAUUAAAAUCAAAAUUUUAGCGUCACGUGUACUGAACAGCGCUUCCAUCUGUCUAAUGUUAAUAGCCAUUUUUAAAUCAACGUGAUAAGUUUCAAGUAAACAAAGAUUUAAUUCAUGUACAUUUAUGUAUGUUCAAGAGACAAAAAAUUUUUUUCGUCACAUGUGUACGUGAUAUCUAUUAACAAAUAUUUAAACGGUGAUAAUAUUAAUAUUUAACGUGAUGUAGUUCCUACACCGUCUACUAUUCGUAAAAGCAUCUACGCGAUUCGAAGUAUAGUAAUUUGUUAAGUUAAUGUAAAAUGGAAACGAAAAUUGACGGUGAACGAACUCAUUCCAUAAAAUUGCCAAGUGCGGUCGAAGUGUUUGCAAAUUUAAAAAAUGCUCAAAAAUUUGCGAUUGACAUUGGUUUUUCUUUGACAAAAAUAGCUUAUUAUUCAACAAUUAGUUAUCGUAAGGCAUUGUAUGAGGAUGCAGGCCUAGGAAAUAGUGGAGAACGUGCAUACAAAGUACAUGAAGGCAAUAGACUCCACUUUGUUAAGUUUGAAACAAGAUACAUUGAAAAUUGUUUAGAUUUUGUGAAACAGAACUUAGUAGAUGUUGAGAGAUUUCAUGGUAAAAACAUUAAAGUGACUGGUGGAGGAGCAUACAAAUAUAAUAGUUUGCUACAAGAAAAAUUAGGUUUAAUAGUUGAUAAAGAAGAUGAAAUUGCUUGUCUAAUAAAAGGUUGUAAUUUUUUACUAAAAAAUAUAUCUUGCGAAGCAUUUGAAUUUGAAAGACAAGGAAAUCCUGAAUACAAAUUUCAGAAAGCUGGUCCUAAUAUAUUUCCAUAUAUGCUAGUAAAUAUUGGUAGUGGUGUCAGUGUCCUUAAGGGCUUUGAUGAAUUGCUGCAACUUGCAGAAAGAGGAGAUCAUCGUAAUGUUGAUAUGUUAGUGAAAGAUAUUUAUGGAGGUGAUUAUUCCUCACAAGGUUUAUGUGGAGAUCUUAUUGCAUCUUCUUUUGGCAAGGUUACUUAUUAUAGUGGUGAAGGAAAACCAAAGUUUUCUGAAGCAGAUCUUGCUAGAAGUCUGUUACUUACUGUAAGCAAUGAUAUUGGGCAAAUAGCAAGUUUAUAUGCAACUGUGCAUAAAAUGAAUAAAGUUUACUUUUGUGGUUAUUUUCUUCGUAAUCAUCCUUUGUCAAUGCAUACUAUUUCAUGUUCUAUCAAAUAUUGGUCAAAUGGUAAAGUAAAGCCUCUUUUCCUUCGCCAUGAAGGUUACGUUGGUGCAAUUGGAGCUUUCUUGUAUGGUGCUGGACAGUCUGAUGAAUGCAGUUGGUUGGAAAAUUAUGCAGGCUCUUCAGGAUUUAAAGAAUCAAUAUCUACCAAUCUUGGAAUUAAAGUAGAUCAAUUGGAAAUUGAUCAAGCAGAAACCGCUGUAACAUUUUGUCCACUCUUGAAGGACCCUGCAACUUAUAAUCCUGAUACAACUGAUCUUGCUGAAGAUAAAGAAGCAAGAGAUUAUUGGCUUCAGUGUUUUGAAGAAUCAGUGGAUAAAUUUGUGGCUAGAGCUAUUCAUAGUCAGCCACAUAGUCCAACUGCAAAAGAUAGAGCAACAAAAUUGAAGGAGAAGUACAUUAACAGAUUACAUUAUCUACAUCUUCAACCAUUCAAAAGAAAAAAGAGAAUGAAGAAGCCUUAACGUACCUAAAAAGCCGGAUAACAACUCUUGAUAAAUUGGAAGGAGCAGAAAAAAUAAAAGCUUUGAUCCUAGGAGUUCUGAGUGGUAAUAUAUUUGAUUGGGGUGCGCAAGCUGUUGCAACUUUAAUGGAAACAACAGAUUUUGGUUUUACCGAAGCUCAAGCAAAAAUACCGGGUAGACCUUGGUUGCAAGAUGACUUGGAUGAUUGGAUAGAGAGAUUGAAAACUGGUCCACCUCAUAAAUGUGCUGCUAUUUUCGUUGACAACAGUGGAGUUGAUAUAGUAUUGGGAAUUUUACCAUUUGCACGUGAUUUAUUGCAACGAGGAACAAAAGUUAUACUGUGUGCUAAUUCUAUGCCAGCAUUAAAUGAUGUCACAUAUCCAGAAUUGGUUGUAACAUUACGAGAUGCAGCAAAAAUAUGCAAGGUUAUUAGACACGCUUUAAAAGAAAAUCGUUUGAUUGCUAUGGAGACAGCUCAAGCUGGUCCUUGUCUUGAUUUAAGCCGAUUGAACUUAGAUUUAUGCCUUGCGAUGGUGAAACAUAAAGUUGAUCUUAUCGUAUUAGAAGGAAUGGGCAGAACGCUUCAUACAAAUCUUCAUGCAAAGAUGACUUGCGAAUGCUUAAAAUUAGCAGUUGUCAAAAAUCGAUGGUUAGCACUUCGAUUGGGUGGUGAUAUGUACGCUGUAAUAUGUAAAUAUGAACCGCCACCGACGAAAACUAAAAUUUGUGAUGUAAAAAUAAAAAUGAAAGAAGAAUGCCCAUCAGAAUGCAUGGAGAAUGCAACAGAUGUUUGCACGUGCGAUGUAAAGGAAUAAAUGAUGAAAACAAAUUCAAACUUGUUACCUAAAAGUAUUUCUUUACUUGUAUUUAGGUAUGUAUAUGAAAAGGAGCUAAAAUUUUGAUUUAUUUAUAAUUUUGAAUGAAAAUAUUUUAUAAGGAAUAUCAUUUAAAUACUUUUAUAAAACUUAUUGUUUUUAACAAUAUAAUUUUUUACACUGUUAUAUAAAACAAUAAUUUUUACAAAUAAAGCCUGGUUAUCGAAUGUUAAUGUCAUGAAAUUAACCAAGCUUUAUUGUUUUCUAAAUAUUUCGAAUAUGAAAUAUAUUCGAAUGUAUUUGACUAUGAAAAUUUUAGUAUUAACGAGAGAAAUUGAUGAAUGAUGACUAACAUCUAGUCAAAAAUGAUAAAAUUAUGUUCUCCAUGAUUUGAAAAGGAGACCUUAAUUUGAAGGAAACAAUAGUGACCAAUUGUAACAAAUAUACAGACAUAUAUCAUAUAAUAUUGUACAGUACAUUUUCUGUGAUAAUGUAACAUUCAAAUAGAAAGUUACAUAUUCGUGUAAAUUAAAGCAGUAAAUUAAUAGACAAUAUAAUAGAAUAAUAGAUAAAACAGUUACACUAAUGUUUUUUGAUUUAGAAAUUUUUCGUACAGAGAUGUAUCAUCUCGUGUCAAAUNNAAAAAAAAAAAUCAAAAGAAAUAUUAGUUAUGCAAAAUUAGUGAUCAAGAUAUAUGUCGCUAAAAAUGGCUAAUUUAUUAGAAUACAUUUUUUUCGCAAAUUUUCUAGAAAGAAACGAAUAAAACAGAAAUGAUUAGAAAAAAAUUGUUGAAAUUUAAAAUUACAUUAAUAUGGUUUUCAAGUUAAAGAUUUUUAUGCGAACCAUUUGUUAAUACUCAAUAUAUAUAGUAUAUGCGGUUUAUUAAUAUACACUGCCAUUUUCUUAACUGUCGAAAAUAUCAAAAAAUGUUUUCAGAGUAGAUUAUCUUCAGUUUUUUAAAUAAAAUGAUACCAUUGAUCCAUUAAUCCAUUAAUAAUUUGAUUAUUCUCUAGAAAAUUGAAGGCAACGUUCAUAUCUCGAUAUGAAAUCGACGAUAUGAAAGCAAAAUGACAAUAAAACGAUUACAGUAUUAUAUGUCCCUGGAAACCAUACAAUUUUUCGUAUUUUUAAUAGUUGAAGCAGUGACAGCAUGUAUACGAAUAAACCAGACAUGCUCUAUAUAUAUAGAUAUAUGUGAUAUAUAGAUAUACAUAUAUACACAUAUGUGAUAUUUGACUUGCUUUGUAAAAUGUAAAUAAAAAGUGGAUUUUUUGGGGGACUUAAUUGCAGGAUAUUUCAAGUAUUCUGUGUAAAAUGAGUUUUUUUUAUAAUUGACAGUUACAAUUAAUCACAUUAAAGAAAUUUUUUUUAUAGUAAUUUCCUUCGCAUGUUAUUCUGACCAAACAAAAUAACAUUAUUUUAAUAUUUGACUAUUGAAUCAUAUUGUAUUAUAUAUAUUUGAAAGGUCCUUUAUUGUUAUACAUUGUACACAAAAUGAUUAGAGGAUCGUUUUUCGUAUUACUUCUAUUGUUUAUUACAUUUCUUUUUUAACGAAUGUCUUAAAGACAAUUUUUGUUACAGCAUCGUGCGAAUAACGUGUUAAUCCAUCAAGACAAUAGUGAUCCUCUAAUUAUUUUAAACAGUGUAUAAUAUCUUACCAUGCAAAUAAAAUGCAAAUGUAUUUUUGAAUAAUAAAUUUCGUACAAGAUACCUUUUAAUAUCUACAAU